AAAAAAAAAAAAAAAAUGUCGUUCCCCUUCCUCUCCCUCGGCCGCACCGUCCGCCGCGCUGCCGUAAAGCGCGCUGCCGUAAAGCGCGCCGCCGGAGGUUGUCGUGCGAGACGCAGUCAAGCGAAGCGUUCUCAGAGUAACGACGUGGUGGGGAGGGGGAUUCGGUGCUCACGGAAACGCCUCGGAGCCUCCGAAACCCACCCGGGAUCUCCCCAAAAUUCCCUCGGGAUACCUCCACGACCCGCUGUCGUAAAGCGCGCCGCUUGCUCCGCUGCGCUGUCGCAAAUUCAGCGGGCGGGAGGACCCCGAGCAGACGAGAGGCACCGGGCGGAGCGGCCAAUCCCUGUAGGGGGCGCUCUGGGAACAACGUGACCAUAAAGAAACGCCUCCGCCCCGCCCCCUUUUUUGGCGAUCAGCCAAUCAGCGCCAGCUCCUGGAAGGCGGAUAUUAUAGUAACGUCGAGAAGUCACUCCCCUUCCCCCAAAACCAACCAAUCACAUCAACGACCACGCCCUCCCACACCACCCCCCUCGUCGCUAGGGAGACGCGCGCCGCCAUUUGGUCGUGAGGCGGUGUCACCGCCACUUCCGGUCAGGCCUAACCCAGCUCCCCCGGCCCAAGCCCGGCCUUUCCCCGGCCCAACCCCGGCCCCGCGGAGCACCUGAGGCGGAGGUGGAGCGGGACGCGCAGGGUCCCCCCGCGGCGGCCGCGGCCGCCAUGGCCGCCGUGUGGCAGCAGGUGCUCGCCGUGGACGCUCGGUACGCAGCGUACCGCACCCCUCAGCUGCCGCAGUUCCGCACUCAGUACGUGCGGCGGCGCUCCCAGCUGCUGCGGGAGCGGGCGCAGGGCGGGCACCUGGCAGGUGAUGCCCGCCGCUGGUACCUGCGGCUGCGGGCGCGGCUCCUGGCCCAGCGCUACGGGGCCCUGUCGGAGCCCGGCAGCUGCCGCAGCGCCCUGAGGGCCAGCAGGACCACGCUGGACCGCAUGGAGGAUUUCGAGGAGGACCCGCGGGGGUCCCGGGGCCACCGGCGCUCCCUGAGCCGCAGCUCCGGCCCGGGGGGGCUGAGGGGGGGUCCUGAGGAACGCCCCCCCGGGGUUGUCCCCACCCCCCUGGCCGAGGCCAGCAGGGCCAUGGCCGGGGACACCUCCCUGAGUGAGAACUACGCCUUCGCGGGGGUGUUCCACGUCUUCGACCAACACCUGGACAGCGCAGUGAGGAAGGUGCAGUUUGCCCACGACGAGCGGCACCUCUUGGCCUGCUGCUCCUUGGACGGGACGAUCUCCGUGUGCACCUUGGCCCCGGGACCUCCGGCCGUGCUCAGGACCCUGCGGGGUCACGGAGCCGGAAUUUCGGAUUUUGCCUGGUCCUUGUCCAAUGAUGUGCUGGUGUCGGCCUCGCUGGACGGGACCCUGAGGAUUUGGGAUCCAUGUGAGGGGAGAUGCAUCCGUCGAGUCUCGGAUCCCGACGGGGCCGAGCUCUUGUGUUGCGCUUUUCAACCUCUCAAUAACAACCUGACAGUGGUGGGCAGUGCCAGGCACAUGGUUCGGGUGCUGAACAUCUCCACGGGGAAGGCGGCUCGGGGCGGCACCGGGCGCCUCCCGGGCCGAGUCCUCGCCCUUUGCUUCGAUGCCCCCGGGCGAGUUCUGUGGGCUGGGGACGAUCGGGGCUCGGUGUCCUCGUUCCUGUGCGACCCCGGCACUGGCCGCCUCACCAAGGCCUCCCGGCUGCUGGUGCAGGCCGGUGGUGCCAUCACCUCGCUCUCGGCGCGGGCCUGGGCCAGCCGGGAGGCCCCGGACCCCUCCCUGCUGGUGAACGCCUGCCCCGACCGCCUGCUGCUCUUCCGGGUGGUGGAGGACGAGGGGGGCUCGGGGGCCCCGGGGCUGCGGCUCCGGCGCAGUUUCCCCACUCGGCACCGGGAGCAGCCCCUGAGGAGCUGCUUCUGUCCCCUGAUGUCCUUCCGGCAGGGAGCCUGCGUGGUGACGGGCAGCGAAGACGCCUCCGUUCAUUUUUUCGACGUGGGCCGAGCCGCCCGGGCCACCGUGAACACCCUGCAGGGCCACGGGGCCCCCGUUCUGGCCGUGGCCUUCAACUGCGACGAGUCCCUGCUGGCCUCGGGCGACGCCGCCGGCACCGUCAUCGUCUGGCGCCGCCAGCACGCCUGAAAUCCCCGGGAACAAAACCCCAAAUCCGCGGGAUCACCCCAAAAAAAUCCCCGGGAACAAAACCCCAAAUCUGCGGGGAUCACCCCAAAAAAAUCCCCGGGAACAAAACCCCAAAUCCGCGGGGAUCACCCCAAAAAAAUCACCCAAGAUCCGGCUGGGAAUGACCCCAAAAAUCCCCGGGAACAAAACCCCAAAUCCGCGGGAUCACCCCAAAAAAAUCCCCGGGAACAAAACCCCAAAUCCGCGGGGAUCACCCCAAAAAAAUCCCCCAAGAUCCGGCUGGGAAUGACCCCAAAAAUCCCCGGGAACAAAACCCCAAAUCUGCGGGGAUCACCCCAAAAAAAUCCCCCAAGAUCCGGCUGGGAAUGACCCCAAAAAUCCCCGGGAACAAAACCCCAAAUCUGCGGGAUCACCGCAAAAAAAUCCCCGGGAACAAAACCCCAAAUCCGCGGGAUCACCCCAAAAAAAUCCCCCAAGAUCCGGCUGGGAAUGACCCCAAAAAUCCCCGGGAACAAAACCCCAAAUCUGCGGGGAUCACCCCAAAAAAAUCCCCCAAGAUCCGGCUGGGAAUGACCCCAAAAAUCCCCGGGAACAAAACCCCAAAUCUGCGGGAUCACCGCAAAAAAAUCCCCGGGAACAAAACCCCAAAUCCGCGGGAUCACCCCAAAAAAAUCCCCCAAGAUCCGGCUGGGAAUGACCCCAAAAAUCCCCGGGAACAAAACCCCAAAUCUGCGGGGAUCACCCCAAAAAAAUCCCCGGGAACAAAACCCCAAAUCCGCGGGGAUCACCCCAAAAAAAUCCCCGGGAACAAAACCCAAAUCCGGCUGGGAAUGACCCCAAAAAUCCCCGGGAACAAAACCCCAAAUCUGCGGGGAUCACCCCAAAAAAAUCCCCCAAGAUCCGGCUGGGAAUGACCCCAAAAAUCCCCGGGAACAAAACCCCAAAUCCGCGGGAUCACCGCAAAAAAAUCCCCCAAGAUCCGGCUGGGAAUGACCCCAAAAAUCCCCGGGAACAAAACCCCAAAUCCGCUGGGAAUGACCCCAAAAAAAUCCCAAAAAAAUCCCAAAAAAAUCCCAAAAUCGCCGGAGGAAAAAACACCAAAAUCUUGAGUGGGAAUAACCCUGAAAAAAUCCCAAGAAAUCCUAAAAAAAAUCCCAAAAUCCUCGCAGGAAGAAAAACAAAAAAAAAAAAAACCCCAAAAUCCCCCCCUGGAAUUAAAACCCCCUACCCAAAAAAACCCCAAAAUCCCCCCCGAAUUUUCGUCGCCGCGGGUUCGGAGCGUUGAAGAUUUCGCAGGAAUUUGUGCGGUACCAAAAAUGUCCCAAAUUCUUCCCAAAAAACCAACCCUGGAAU